AUGAGUAGUCCUACAGAUGAGAUCAUACAACUAACUAAUGACGACGCUACAUCCAGUAAAGCUCAUGCCAUUUCUCGUGGAUACUGGAAAGACAAGUAUAUCAGGUAUUUUUGUUCCUCUCCGUCACACAAAACUCCGGAGAUUAAUCGUGGCUAUUUUAUAAGAACAACUGCAUUCAGAGCGAUUGCCAUAUCAUUUAUAAAGUCCACAGGUGGAGCCUGCCAAAUUGUAAACCUUGGUGCAGGCUCAGAUACAUUGUACUUCGCUCUAAAAGAUGCUCAGGAGACCCCAGAGCUAUACGUCGAAGUAGACUUGGCAUCUAACAUUCAACAAAAAGCUAUGACAAUACAACGAAGAAGGCUGCUUGAAUCAACAAAUGCUUCACGACUUAAAGACGAUAAUUUAAACCUUACAGUAAAUCAAAAGACUUCUGUUGUCGACACACUACAUGAUAAUUUGCACUACGUUUUUGAAACGGGACGGUUUCACUUACUGAGUUUCGAUUUACGAAGAUCUGUUCAAGAUCUUCUAGAUGUUUUAUGUUCAACAGUUAAUGGGGCUGGUUGUUCCAAAAGUUGCCCAACUCUCUUCCUUGCUGAAUGCGUACUUGUUUAUAUGUCUCCAGAGGCAAGCUGUCAGUUAAUAAAGGGUCUUUCGGUAAACUUCCCACGUGCUUCAUUCCUGCAUUAUGAACAGGUUAAUAUGAGCGAUUCAUUUGGUUCUAUUAUGAUCAAAAAUUUUCGUGCUCGUUCCUGUGAGCUUCCUGGUCUUAAUGCAUGUCAUUCACUGGCUACUCAAGAAGAACGAUUUUUUAAGGCUGGUUGGAAAAAAGCCAAAGGAUGGACUAUAAAUCAAGUUUAUAAGAUGUUACCUUCCAGUACUCGAUACAGAGUAGAACAUUUGGAACUAUUGGAUGACCUUGAGGUGACAAUGCAGUUGUUUGAUCAUUAUUGUAUUCUCCUGGCAACUAAUGAUGAAAUAAUCUGCCCAGAUGAACAGUUGAAAGAAUCAUUAGCCACUAUUGAGUAG